AUGGUUGAACAGCUCUCUCCCUUAUCCUUUCCCAGCAAAAUAGGGGGCAACCAGACUUCUGUCACAGAGUUCCUCCUGGUGGGAUUCCCACUGAGCCCAAGGAUGCAGCUGCUCCUGUUUGGGCUCUUCUCCCUGUUGUUCGCCUGCACCCUGCUGGGCAACGGGGUCAUCCUGGGGCUCAUCUCACUGGACUCCAAACUGCACACCCCCAUGUACUUCUUCCUCUCCUACCUGGCCACUGUCGACAUAGCCUAUGCCUGCAACACAGUGCCCCAGAUGCUGGUCAACCUCCUGAGCCCAGCCCAGCCCAUCUCCUUUGCUGGCUGCCUGACACAGACCUUUCUCUCCUUGACUUUUGGUUACACUGAAUGUCUUCUCCUGAUGGUUAUGUCCUAUGAUCGGUAUGUGGCCGUCUGCCUGCCCCUUCGGUAUUCUACCCUCAUGAGCUGGAGAGUCUGCAUCACCCUGGCAGUGGCCUCCUGGGCUUCAGGAUUCCUCAUGACCCUAGUAGAUAUGUUGUUACUCCUACUGUUGCCUUUCUGUGGUCCCCAGAAAGUGAACCACUUUUUCUGUGAAAUUGUAGCUGUUCUCAAACUGGCCUGUGCAGAUACGCACUUUAACCAGGUUGUGAUUGUGAGUGCGGGAGUGUUGGUGCUGGUCGGAUCAGUGUCAGCAAUUGUGGUCUCCUAUGGUCACAUUCUACAUGCAGUCCUGCAGAUCCAGUCAGCAGAGGGGCGCCGGAAAGCUUUCUCCACCUGCUCCUCCCACCUCGGUGUGGUGGGACUCUUUUAUGGCACAGCCAUGAUCAUGUAUGUUGGACCCCAACAUGGGGACCCCCAGGAGCAGAAGAAAUACCUCCUCCUGUUUCACAGCCUUUUCAAUCCCAUGCUGAAUCCCCUGAUCUACAGUCUGAGGAACAGAGAAGUCAAGGCUGCUCUGAGAAGGAGGCUGGGAAAGGGGAGACCUUCAUGA